UCAUAGUAUGCUAUUAAUAUACAAAGGGUUCGCCAAAUGCGACAUAUUCCGCAGUAAAAUAUAUUGCAUCAUUUCUUCGUUUUGCGAAACACAACUCGAGCAGUUUUUGUUUUUUUCCAACUAAGACAGAUCGGAAAGCUAACUGUUCCAAAGACACAGAGAUCUAAAUAGACAUUUAAAACGUUCGUUUGCCGGUAUCUUGUGAUAUUCUGGCGAUAUAUUUGGUCGAUUUUUUUUUAAAAGCCAGUCCAAUGGGGAAUUGUCUGUCUUCUCAAGGCGCCGAUGACUUGUCCCUGCUAAACGAGUCAGAAGGAGCCAGUCUCCCUGGAGAGCCACCACCGCCGUAUCAGGAGCGUGCCCAGGUGCCAGUGUUUCACCCCACGCCCAGUCAGCCCCGCCUGGCCACGCAGCUCACGGAGGAGGAGCAGGUGCGCAUUGCACAGAGGAUCGGUCUGAUCCAGCACCUCCCCCGCGGCAUCUUUGACCCCGGAUCUGAGCCCUCCGAUAAGAAGAUCAAAGAGUGUGUGAUAUGCAUGAACGACUUUGAAUAUGGAGACCCCAUCCGGUUCCUUCCGUGCCUGCACAUCUAUCAUGUGGACUGCAUCGACGCGUGGCUCAUGCGCUCCUUCACGUGUCCCUCCUGCAUGGAACCCGUGGACGCGGCCUUGCUCUCCUCUUACGAGACUAACUGAGCCGCUCCUUCCUCGAGAGUCAACCCUGUCCUCGCUCUCGUUCUGUCGGACGGGGGGCCUCGGUUCAGA